CCAACUUCAAAGCAAAUCUAUCGUAAGCUAGGAAUAGAAACUCUAUUCCAGCAACUCGUGAAAAACGAUCACUCUGCAAAUCAAGCAUGACCAAGCCGGUGCCAGCUACCCACAAUGCCUACACGGCACACAUAAAUCCUGCAGGAGCAUCGCCCAUUCUUACCAUGGACCAGGUCUGGGCAGCGUUAGAGCAGAAAGUUCAGCACGCCGAGUGGUUUGUCGCUGGCGCUCUCAAGUCUACCGACGUCUUAUCUGUCGAGACAGACGACCAGGGCCACAGGGUUACCACCCGGGAAGUGGUCUUCGUCGAAGACAAUAGACGAAUAAGGGAGGUCUGCACAGAGUAUCCGAAGCUCAAGGUAGAGUUCAAGCAGCCUUGUGGAGGGCUCGUUUGCAACAUUGUCUCGCAAGGUCCAGGAGGGCCCGAGGACCUCUGCAUGACCUACACCUUUCAGUAUCUGCAUCCGGGAGCCAGUGACGAAGAGAUCAAAGAGCUCACAGAAAAGCGAGCCAAGAUGUCGAAAAUGGCCGUCGAAGGCACAAUAGAAGCCAUACGAAAAAUGGUGCAGGAUGGGAGAAUAAAGUAACUUGUGGUGGACUGAUAAAUGAACGACGUGCCAUGAUGUGGUGAAUCUCAUGACAAUUCUCGUGACUAGGUGUUAAGAAUAGACUCUGUUGUCCUAGAACUCCGUGGCUUUUCAUUCUUUCACGUUCCGCUCAUCUCAAGGUCGUACGUUGUCAACCUCGAAGGUCAACCUCUAACUUCAAGCUCGACGCUAGACAGUCACUUAUAUGGAAGCAAAUGCACGCGUGGAUUUGUACAACAUUAUAUUAAAUCUGUUAAGUCUUGCUGAACGCUAAACAUAACAUCGUAAAAGCUCUAAAUCAGAGCAUGUAUCUCGAUCCGAGCACCAGGCAAACCGACCGCGUUUUGGUACGUUGCGUACCUUGAUGAUGGAAAGGUGCCAAUGACAACUCUGUUGUCUAGCCCAAGUCUUACGCGCAAAUACAGCUCACUCCAUGUGCAGUAUUUGGCCCUCAGCGUCUCGGUCUAACCUCUUUCACAUAGCCCCUAGGUAAACUAACGCUACUCGUGCUACUUCGCGGUCGCGCCGGGUAGUACUCCAGCUCCCUGCGCGGCACGUACUCAACUUCCCUCCUGUCAUACUCAAUAUACUGGGUGCUUCUCCGCGGCCGCUCCUGCACAUAUUCGAUUUCGCUGUAGCGCCGUCGCGAGUGGCUACGUCGUCGGGAGCUGAAACUCUCCUCUGGGAGGCGCGCUUGCACAGCGUUGACGCCGUCCGGGUGUGCGGAGUAGUAGCUCCUGUGCGGGUCCGGGUUGUCCCAGUUGCGCACGUAAUGGUCUUCACGUUCUGUCCUGAAGAGGCACAUCGUUUGGUGUUGGUAUUUGCUUGCCCGAUAAGUGGUUCGUGGUUCUGGCGCCGCUGAUAUCGGAGAGGACUGAUGUGUAAUCGGUAAGCCGCUACGUAUCGGUUGUGCGAAACCUGUGUGGUCGUGGAUGAGACUUGUAUGAAAUCAAAUUAGCGAGAGACGUGCGACAAUAAGGGCAGGGCAGUUUCUUCUUCGAAUGCAACACGGCAUGAUGAGCAGGAUACUCCGGGCUCCAAGGAUGGUUCUGGAGGCUUGAUCAUACGAUCUACGUCAUCGUGCAUGCCAAGCUUUCCUGGUUCUUCAAACAUGGCAAUCGGGCAUCAAAUUAUUAGGAUCAAAAUGAUUUGUUCUCUUCCCACGUGCACGCAGCAAUCAAACAAAACAUCACAAAUCUGAAAAAGAAUUAAUUAGAACUUGAUUGUGUCAAUUUUAACCAAGAAUGUGUAGUGCAAAGACUGCAUGUAAUAUUUCGCGAAGGGAGAAGAAUGACAAGCAUAUGCGCCAGCUCUGAUGUAGGUUAAUUAGUGUCCG